UAUCCGGGCUUCCGUAGGAACGCAGUAGCCUUGUGAGCUGUGUGAGGCACUCCUCUCGUCAAUGAACAUUGGAAAGAUGGCGGCUGCAUAUGCACAAGCGAAAGUCCACCUUGCCGGCGGAUCGAAAGUGCUUCAAAGAGACUCUUAAUCGUCUUUUGUGCAAAAAGCAACCAGUGCAAAGUCCGUCCGCGGUUGCCUGGACAUGCUUUAGUCCAUGCACGGCGAAGAAUAGAACGCCGCUUUCUCGCCAUGGAGCCCCCGGAUCGCUCCAAGCCGAGCAGACAGGGCAACCCAGUGGGAGAUGAAUCCCGGCAGAACUCUCAGACGGAGGAAUCCUGGGAUUCACCCAGUGAGGAAGAGGAACUUCUGUAUGCGACAUCACCCCCUUACACAUCCCGUCAGAUGAAACGAAUGUCUGGUAAACACCAGAAAAGCAGCCAGUCCAGGAGUGGUGGACGGUCUCCCAGCAAACCGGACCUCGGCCCGUUCGUCCCGAAAGAAAAUCCCCGAACAGCAGAGACGCCUGAGGAGCACAGCUACAAGCAGGGAAAGAAGCAGAGGGCCACCCUGCGCUGCACUGAGAGAGACCACAAGAAGACCUUUGAGGGUGCCUUCAUGCUAGAUCCGCUGUCCAAAUCAGGGCCUUUUGGCGCCCUCAGCAUGGACCCGAGGAAGCACUAUCUGAGCUUGGGCUGCAGCAGCUGCAAACUCCCCGUAUCCAUGCCCCACAUGUCCCGCACCCACCGCCAGACCUCUCGGACAGACUGUCCCGCGGACCGCCUCAAGUUCUUUGAGACGCUGCGGCUGUUGCUUAAGCUCACCUCCAUGUCGUCGAAGCGUAAGGAGAAAGAGCAGCGAGGCCAGGAGAACAUGGCCUUCAUGGGCCACAACAACGAAGUCAUCUGGCUGGAGCUGCAGGCAUGGCACGCCCGCCGCUCCAUCAGAGACCAGGAUUUCUUCCUUUUCACAGCGCGCCAGGCCAUCCCCGACCUGAUCAACGAGGUGCUACACUUCAAGGUGAACUACGACAGCCUGAGACAGGCUCACUGUUCAGGGUCCCCAACAAUUCACGCGGACUGCCGGACUAUUAGGACUGAUCCCAAUCUGGACUGUAAAGAUAAAUGCAAGCCUGCUUUGGUGGAGAGCAACCACUGUGGCGUGGACCCUUGGGGCUUUAGCGCUUGCCCCUCCGCUGCCAUGAAUGCAGCUGAGCCUCUGGGCUCAGGCACCGACUGCAGGGAUCACCUUCAGAGGCAGCGGUUGGCCUUUGAGCAGGUGAAGCGUGUUAUGGAGCUGCUGGAGUACGUGGAAGCGCUGUACCCCUCUCUGCAGGCCCUGCAAAGGGACUAUGAGAAAUACGCGGCGCGAGACUUCCAAGGCAGAGUGCAGGCGCUCUGUUUGUGGCUCAACAUCACUCAGGACCUCAACCAGAAGCUGCGUGUCAUGGCCACCGUCCUGGGCCUCCGGGACCUGUCUCGCAUCGGCUGGCCCGUCUUUGAGAUCCCGUCCCCUCGCUGCUCUCGCGGCAACGAGGAUGACGACAAAGAUGAGGAUGAGAAUGACUCCACCGCCACGUUCACAGCCGAAAGCGACGGGGAGGACAGGGAGGUGGAGGAGGAGACGGUGGGAGGUAUCCCAUCUGAUGGAGAACUUUCUCCCACCUUGACUUCUAAAUUUUCCCAACUGUUGUCGGAGGAAGAGUUUCUUCCUACGACAGCAUCGAGAAGUCCAGAGGCAGCGGGAGCAGAGGGGGUGUUCUGCCCCACAGCCAUUUAUAGGCCCUUUGUGGAUAAAGCACUGAAGCAGAUGGGACUGCGCAAACUCAUUCUCAGACUGCACAAACUGAUGGACCGCUCCCUCCAAAGGUCUCGGGCGGCCUUGCUGCGCCACACACCUGCACUGGAGUUUUCAGACUUCCCGGACCCCAUUCUGUACAACGACUACCUACCGGAGCUGUCCCGCCACGGCUCGUGUAGUAGUUUGGCUGAGCCAGAACUCGGAGCGGACCAAGUGUCCUGGGAGGAUCUGCUGGACAUGGACCUCCCAUCCUUCCGGCCUGCCUUCCUCGUGCUCUGCAGAGUCCUUCUCAAUGUCAUCCACGAGUGCCUAAAGUUGCGACUGGAGCAAAGACCUGCUGGAGAACCUUCUCUACUCAGUAUCAACCAGUUGGUGCGUGAGUGUAAGGAGGUUCUGAAAGGGGGUCUCCUCAUGAAGCAGUAUUAUCAGUUCAUGCUCCGCGGCGUGGUUACUGAUGCUCAGGGCUUGCAGACAGACACCAACAUUGAUGAGUUUGAGGAGGAACUGCACAAGAUGCUUGUGGUUUACUUUGAGUACAUGCACAGUUGGAUCCAAAUGUUGCAGCAGCUGCCUCAAGCAUCUCACAGCUUAAAGAACCUUCUGGAGAAGGAGUGGCACUUCACCAAAGAUAUCACCCCCUACAUCCGUGGUGGGGAGGCCCAAUCCGGGAAGCUUUUCUGUGACAUUGCUGGGAUGCUGCUCAAAUCCACUGGAGAGUUCCUUGACGCCGGCCUGCAAAAGAGCGGCAAUGAGUUCUGGGAAAGUGCCGACGAUAGCACCGCCUCAGAUGAGAUUAGGCGAUCGGUGAUUGAGACCAGUCGGUCACUUAAAGAGCUGUUUCAUGAGGCCAGAGAACGGGCGUCCAAGGCGCUGGGCUUUGCCAAAAUGCUGCGCAAGGACUUGGAGGUUGCCGCAGAUUUCAACAUUAUUAAUGGAGUAGCGUCUCUCCUUGAAGCGCUGAAGAAGAGAAAUUUUGUGAAGGUCCAAAUUCCUGGACUGGAGGAGCUGCAGGUUUUCGUUCCGUUUAGCUUGCUGGCUCAGCGGCCGCUCAUCCUGCAGUUACUCAAUGCCGCUGCGGGAAAAGACUGCUCCAAAGAGCCCGAUGAAAUGGCGGAGGAUGAGGCCUUCCUGCUCAUGAGCAAACACCGCACAGGGGACUUGACGACCGAUUCGGAAUGGGCCCAGUGGGACGGAGAGCUGCUCAAAGUGGUUCCCACAAUGGAAAUUGUCGACACGCUGCGGGCCAUGAAGGUGGAGAACAUGCUCAUGAUCGUGAUGCAGUCGGCUCACCUGGUGGCUCAGCGGAAGGCGGUCCAGCAGUCCAUGGAGGAUGUGCUCACUCUCAGCCGUGAGCAAACGUCCAGUCAGCCUCUUAUCGCCAGCGCUCUGCAGGAGCUCAAGGAUGAAGCGCUGCAACUCUGCAUUAAGAUCAGCUCAGCCAUCGACCGGGUGGAGUACAUGUUCACGUCGGAGUUUGAGGCCGAGGUGGACGAGUCCGAGUCGUCCACUUUGCAGCAAUACUACAGAGAGGCCAUGAUCCAAGGCUACAACUUUGCCUUUGAGUACCACAAGGAAGUGGUGCGUCUCAUGUCAGGGGAGUUCAGGCAGAGGAUUGGCGAGCGCUACAUAGCUUUUGCUCGCAAGUGGAUGACGUACGUCCUGACUAAGUGCGAGAGCGGCCGGGGCACCAAGCCCAGGUGGGCCACACAAGGUUUUGACUUUCUUCAAGCUAUUGAACCUGGCUUCAUAUCAGCAUUACCAGAGGAUGACUUCCUGAAUUUACAAGCGCUGAUGAACGAAUGCAUCGGACAUGUGAUUGGCAAACCUCAUAGCCCAGUCACUGGCCUAUACAUCGCACCCAGAAAUAGCCCUCGACCUGUUAAAGUUCCUCGCUGUCACAGUGACCCACCAAACCCAAAUCUUUUCAUCCCCAAUGCUGAAGGGUUCAGGGGGUCCAGUUUCCACGAGAACGACCGGCUGUCAUCAGUGGCAGCAGAGUUGAAUUUCAAGUCUCUGAGCCGCCACUCAAGCCCCACAGAGGACAGGGAAGAACCCGCUUAUCCAAAGGGAGAUUCCAAUAGCAGCACACGCCGGAGUUGGGAGCUCCACACCUUCAUCAGCCAGUCCAAAGACUCAGCAGCCCGGCAGAGUCCGUUGGAGGCCGUCCGGCGCUCCAUCCGCAAGUUUGAGGAGAAGCGCUAUGCCGUUAUGAAGCAGCGCAAUAUCAUCGGCCAUGUGUGUCACACGCCCAAGUCCUAUGACAACGUGAUGCACGUCGGCCUUAGGAAGGUCACCUUCAAGUGGCAGAGGGGAAACAAAAUCGGUGAAGGCCAGUAUGGGAAAGUUUACACCUGCAUCAACGUGGACACUGGAGAACUCAUGGCCAUGAAAGAGAUCAGAUUCCAGCCAAACGAUCACAAAACGAUCAAGGAGACCGCGGAUGAGCUGAAAAUCUUUGAAGGCAUCAAGCACCCAAACCUGGUGCGAUACUUUGGAGUGGAGCUCCACAGGGAGGAGAUGUACAUCUUCAUGGAGUACUGUGACGAAGGCACACUGGAGGAGGUGUCCAGACUUGGUCUGCAAGAGCACGUCAUAAGGCUCUACAGUAAACAAAUCACUACUGCCAUCAAUGUUCUCCAUGAACAUGGCAUUGUUCACAGAGACAUCAAGGGAGCCAACAUUUUUCUGACAUCUUCUGGCCUCAUCAAACUGGGGGACUUUGGCUGUUCUGUCAAGUUGAGAAAUAACACUCAUACCAUGCCGGGCGAAGUCAACAGCACCCUUGGGACAGCCGCAUACAUGGCACCCGAGGUCAUCACCAGAGCAAAAGGGGAAGGUCAUGGGAGAGCGGCAGACAUCUGGAGUUUAGGCUGUGUCCUCAUUGAGAUGGUCACGGGAAAGAGACCGUGGCAUGAGUAUGAGCACAACUUUCAAAUCAUGUACAAAGUGGGCAUGGGUCACAAGCCCCCCAUCCCUGAGAAACUGAGCACAGAGGGCAAGGAUUUCCUGGGACACUGUCUGGAGAGCGAACCCAAACGACGUUGGACGGCGAGCAUGCUGCUGGACCACCCCUUUGUCAAGGUGUGUACGGAUGAAGAGUGAACACCAGAAUGACUUUCCACACAACAGUGGACGAGGACCAGUUGGGGUGCAGCUGGGUAUGGAGGCGUUUUUCAGCAUCGGCAAGCUGAUAAUACUUCUCCUGCUCCUUCUCCGACAGCGAUUUCCACUGUAGACAUGUCAAUACAUGCCCACUUUGUACUUUCAGGCUUGUCGCCCAAUGACACUCUCACUUUCCCAAAGGGACACCAGACAAGUAGACAUGAAGAGCAAGGGUGACAGACUUACCAUGUGACCCAGAACUUUAUUGGCCACGGCACUGUCGCGAAUGUUCCACUGCGCCAUAACAUUCUCCCUUUGCUCUUUUCGGAAUAUCAUAAAUGCAUUAGGUGGCUUUUUAAUGUACACCUUAUCGUCCUCCUCUUGGCAUUCACGUUUCCUUUUUCUAUAAACAAAAAAAAAAUCCAGAUCACAUUCACAGCUUUAGUUUAAAUUUAGAGAAACAGAACAUGAAAUUAAAAUUGAUUAGGGAUUUGUGCAUUUUUUAAUUCAAUUUUAUUCUAUUUUUUUUAAACAUACUUGGUUGGUGGGACCUUUCUUGAGGGGGAACUCGGAUCCGUAAGGCUCCUUUAUAAAAAAACAGAAAGCAAAGAGUGUGUUGAUGUGUUUGUGUAUUACUGUAUACAUGCUUGUUCAAUAGAUUUGAAUAUUUAUAGAAUUCAAAAAGUCAAAUCGAUAGCUGUUAAACUGUCUGAUUUCACUUUGUAUAGUAAAUCUAUAUCACAGAUGGACAACCUAAAUGAUGAAGGUGCUACAUUUUUUGUGCAUUAAACUACUGAAAUAAA